CUUCCACAUCCCCAAGCCAGACACCAUACAAUGUUGUGCGCUAUCUCGGGAGAAGCACCGCAGGUGCCCAUUGUCUCGCGCAAGAGUGGCCGUAUCUUUGAAAAACGACUUAUCGAGGCUUAUAUUGCUGAGCAUGGAAAGGACCCUGUGACGGGAGAAGACCUCUCCACGGAAGAUCUCGUCGAAGUGAAAACCGACCGCGUUGUUCGACCCAGACCUCCUACGCUCACGUCGAUUCCUUCUCUACUUAGCGUGUUCCAGGAAGAGUGGGAUGCUCUGGCUCUGGAGACAUUUUCAUUGCGGCAGGCACUUGCGCAGACGCGACAGGAGCUCAGCUCAGCCCUCUACCAGCAUGAUGCUGCCGUCAGAGUUAUCGCACGGCUCACCAAAGAACGGGACGAGGCCCGCGAUGCGCUUUCCAAAGUGUCGGUGGGCACCACUCGUACAUCAGGGGAUGGUGAAGCUAUGCAAGUUGAUUCAACCGGCUUGCCCGAGGCAGUUUUGGCAAGGAUUGAUAGCACACAAGCAUCACUUUCCAAAGGCCGUCGUAAGCGCCCUAUACCUGAAGGCUGGGCUACGAGCGAAAUACUUUCCACAUACCAGCCAACUGAAACCUCCGAGCCUCUCUACCCUGGCACCCGCACAUUGUCUUUGAACUCCUCCGGCGAUUUAGCAUUAGUUGGAGGUGUCGAUGGGGUGGUUGGAGUUUAUUCUCUGCCCCAGAAACGUGUCCUUGAGACUUUAAAAAUUGGCGGCCCUGUCACGGAGGCUAUUUGGGCAGGCGAGAAGGCUGUCAUUGCUUCGUCUACUGGAGCAGUGAAAGUAUUCGAGAAUGGCACUGAAUUGGCGACUUUUAACUUACACGCUGGUGAAGUAACUUCCUUGGCGGUGCACCCGACCGGGGACAUCGUCGCUUCUGCCGGUGUUGAUAAAAGCUAUGUAUUGUAUGAUCUGACAACAAAUUCGGUGACUACCCAGGUUUUCAGCGAUGCUUCUCUACUAUCCGUGAAAUUCCAUCCAGACGGCCAUCUGGUUGCUGCUGGAGGCGCAGAUGGACAGAUCAAAAUCUUUGAGGUGCGAAGCAGCGUUGCGGCUGCAAACUAUGCUAUGUCCGGCCCAGUCAAGUGUCUUUUCUUUUCCGAAAAUGGAACCUUCUUGGCUGCUGUGGUAGAGAACUCUACUUCCAUCUCCAUAUGGGAUCUGCGCCACUCGUCGGAAAUCAAGGUUCUGGAUACGGGCAAUAAGAUCGACACGAUCAGCUGGGAUUACACAGGUCAAUUCCUGCUGACCGGCGGUCCCAGCGGCCUCACUGUGCAGCAGUAUUCAAAAUCAUCAAAGCAAUGGUCGGAGCCCUUCAGGAGUGCCGUCCCUGCGGUUUCAGUGGCAUGGGGUGCAGCAGCUCAGAGCAUAGUAGCUGCGAAUGCAGACGGAGUGGUUACAGUGCUGGCAGCAAAGUCAUGAAGAGGAUAAUGAGGCGUGAUACCUUUCCAUACCAUGUGUAAUUUUUAGCAAUCUUUGUUCAGGUUUCUGGAUUCUUCAAGCAAACAAGGCCGGCUUAGUUGUCUUAGAUACCA